AUAGGAAGUAAUUUGCAUUUCCACCUAGUCAACAUAACACAGUAAAUGCUGCCCAUACAUCAAGAUUUUAAAGGAUGGGUGUGAAAGGUCUUCAGUCCUUCAUGGACUACUGCUGUCCGGAAGUCUGUGUGACUGUGAACCUGAGAGACAUGGCCACGCAACAUGUUGCCAGAAGCACAACCACAGCAAACUGCACAGGUCCCACACUUGUUGUAGAUGGUAUGGCCUGUCUGCGUCACUGGUACUCAUGUAAGGACUGGGUGUGUGGGGGGCAGUGGAAGGAGUACAUGGGCGUCCUAAAGAACUGGGUGGAGGAAUUUACCUCGGCAGGCAUCAGACUGGUCUUCUUCUUUGAUGGAGUGGUGGAAGAGCAGAAGAGACAAGAGUGGGUGAAGAGGAGACGCAGAGUGAACGGGGAAAUUUCAAAAAUAUUUUGUCACGUGAAGGCACAUGGAGAGCAGCCUGGUAGAGAGCUCUUUUGUCUGCCUUCUGGUCUGGCAACAUUCACACCCUUUGCUCUCAGAUCAUUGGGUCAGGAAGUGUUUUGCUCAGUGAGAGAGGCUGACUAUGAGAUUGCCAGCUAUGCUCGUCGGCAUGGCAGCAUGGGCAUUCUGGGACAAGACUCAGACUUCAUCAUAUAUGACAGUGUCCCCUACUUGUCAGUGGCAAAGCUACAGAUAAACAGCCUCACCACUGUCCUGUAUGACCAACAGAGGUUCUGCCGAGCCACUGGAUUGGCUGUUUCCCAGCUACCAUUGCUGGCGUGUCUCCUAGGUAACGAUGUGGUGUCAGAGGAGCAGAUGCAACACAUCAGGAAUAAUGCCAUGGCAACAUACAGGAAAAACAAUCCAGCACCACACUCUGGUCCUCCUCGGGGACAGAUGGUCUUAGCUGUAUCCCAGCUUGUGAGCUCUUUGUGGGGCAGACAAGCAGAAGAUACCAAGCAUAUCCUUCAGUCUCUGAAUCUAUCAGCGCCUCACAGAGAGCUACUCAAAAGGGGGAUCUGCUCCUACUCACUACCUGGACAGGAAGCUCCUCAGCGAGGUGACAUCUCUGCACAUCUCCCCGACUCUGCCUUUGAGAAAUAUGUCAGUCCAGAAAUAUUAAAGGCAUGCAGAGAGAACCAUGUCGCAGCAGAGGGUUUCAUGGUUUACAGUGUUGUGUGUGAGGGAGUCAUUGAAUGUAGCAACACUUUGGAGGAUGAAGAGGAUGCUGAACUGCUGCCUCAGGCCCUUGUCUACAAACUCUGCAGACAGCACAUCUAUGGACUGCUGCUCGGGCGUGAUGGCAGCACUGUUGACACUCCAGCGAUUAGGGAAUGGUUUGUGUACCCUGGAAACCCUCUGAAGGAGCCUGACAUGGUCCAGCCUCUCCCCCUCAGCCUACCAUGUGAUCGUCCCAGUCUGAACUUGUUGUGGUUCGGCACUGGUCCUAAUGUUUCUGCCCUUCGUCUGACAUCCUUCCUUACAAUUUUUGACUGUCAGGAGUUGUCUGAGUUAUAUGGAGCUAUUGAAGCCUCUCUCCUGGUUGCCCUCUGCCUGGUCACUUACGUAGUCCUGCAGGUGCAGACUUUGUCUCAAGAGGACGUGGAUGCUUACCUGAGUCAGAGUGUCUGCCUGAGCAUAAAAUCCCCUCAGCAGCUUCAGCAGAUUAAGCUGCCUUUCCUCUCCAGUCGUGCGGUGCAGCUGGGAUCUCUCUAUGUCCGAGGACUGGGCCACCUGCUGGGUGCUAACUGCGCCAGUGGCUGCCCACUGCCCAAUGCUGCCUUCAUGCCUUGGCACAGCUUCGACGGACGGCUGUUUCACUCAAAGUACCUGCUGGCACAUAGUGGGACAGAGAAAACUGUGCUGUUGGACAACGAUCCGUCCUGCCUGUCCCUGUUUCUCCUCCUGAGAGAGAGACUCAUAGAAACCUGCAGGAAGAGAGGCAGAGUCCUGCAGUGCAGACCCAGACCCAACGCACAAGAGCAAAGUCAUAAAACCACACCAGGACCCGGGUACAGAGACAGACACACAGGUGGUGGUGAGGGCUGGAGGGAGAGAGGAGAGCUGACAGGAGGUCCUCGACAUGGAGGGGGAUGGAGGGAGAGAGGGGAGGAAAGAAGAGACUGUAUUGAAAAUGACAACAGAGAGAGACAGUGGGAGAGAGGAGGACACAGAGGAGGGAUGAGAGGAGGCCGAUAUUUCCAUCCUCAUUCUUAUCCUGACUGCCACAGUGGAGGCCACCAGGACAUGGGCCAUCCUCCACAACAGUCCAGAGGUCAAUCGUAUCGCAGCAGAGGGAGAUGCCGACUGGCUCCCAGAUGGUCUCAGCCUCCUGCACCAGGAACAUAACUCGACCCUGAACAGAGGGGAGGAGGAUUAGAGGGGAGGACUUGAGGAGUUAAGAGGAUGGGAAAGUCGUGAUGAAAGGAGAGAAGGAAUCAAAUUUCUCUGAACAAACUGAUUAGCGAAUUGCCCGUCAGGAAUGUUUGUCUAAAGGAUUCAGUAGGUAGAAAAAAAUGGGGAUCAAGAGGAGUCAGACUGAAGAGAUUGGGAAUACUUUUUGCCAAUUUGAAGUGAAAAAAAAACUGAAAAAAAAAAAAAAGAUAAUGUUGAUGUAUUUUGUAAGUCAAUCAUGAAUUAUCUCAGGGAAAUGCACCUGUCUUGCAUUGACAGAAAAUGAACAGCACAAAGGAGAAGUCAGCAAACAAACACAGAAAUGAGCCACUUCAAACAUGCACUGAGUGGAUUAAUGGUUAAUCCUCAGUCUUGUUUUUACCUCUUAUCUUUGACAAUAAAAGGGCAAAGAUCUUAAAAGCUGUGUGUAUCCAGUGCCAUAAUCCUGUGAAUGGUUUUAAGUAGAGAAGCAGUAAUGCUGGUAUCGAAUAUCUGCUGAAGUAGGACAUCUAAGAUUACUAAAGAAAAGUGAGAAGUGAAAAACAGUGUCUGAAUACUAGUGGAGAAAGAGGGCUAUAUUUUUAACUCUUGUACUGUGAAUUUCUUCAUAAUGACAACGACUCUACACUAAGCUUGUACCUAGAAGCUUCAAGUUUUUGGUGCCAUUAUUAAAUUACUUUCAAAUGUAA